GUAUUUCAGAAACGUUGUGAUGGUUCCAUUAAUUUCCUCCGUGACUGGAAUUCCUACAAGAUGGGGUUUGGUAGCCAAUUGACAGAGUUCUGGCUGGGGAAUGAAAAUCUGCACCAGCUAACAUCAUCAGGCACCUGGGAGCUGCGGGUGGACCUACAAGACUUUAAUGCUGAAAACUAUUUUGCUAAAUACAGAACUUUUCAAGUUAUGGGAGAAUCUGAGAAAUACAAGUUGAUACUUGGAAGCUUUGUGACUGGUACUGCAGGAGAUUCUAUGGAAGGACAUAAUGGGAUGAUGUUCUCCACGAUAGACCAGGACAAUGAUCAAGAGAAGGGUAAUUGUGCCCAGGUAUACAAGGGGGCCUGGUGGUACAAUGAUUGUCACUGGGCAAACCUGAAUGGACAGUACCUUCCUGGGAAGCACACUAUCUAUGCUGUAGGCAUUAACUGGAGCACUGGGAAGGGGUUUAAUUACUCCUACAGACAGUCUGAGAUGAAGAUUAGACCGCUGUGAUGACGCAGAGACGCUUCCUACAAUGACGCUGAUUGUAUGUGACAUAUAACUGCUGUGAUUGGCUGUUACUGCGCUAUAAUGAGAAUAAAUCAUACAGUGAUA